GAGUUACGGGCGCCACUCUCCUCCGGGACUUUUCACACAACACCCAAGAAGUUGUGACACACGUAAAGUCUCUCGUCAAAGUGGGCUACUGUGCGCGCUCGCGGAAUUACAGCACACUCCGUGGAAGUGGGUCCGAAUCAUCCUCCCGGCGCCGUCCUCUGGUUCAGGACCAUCAGUGAAAUGUCCACCGCGAAGAGCCCUAAAGUGCCUGAACCAGCUGCCCCCUGCCGGCCCUCCUCCCUCCUUGGAGGAGAGCAGCAGAUUCCUGGAGGCCGGUCCGGACCCGGGAGUCGUGCCCGUGACGCGGCCCUCGCUCCUGGCACGGCGCCUGGUGCGCCUACGAGCGUGCCGAAGCCACCUGAGUCCCAUUAGACGGCGCAAGAGGGAGAUGAUCCCCCCCGACAAGAAGGAUGCCACCUACUGGGACAAGAGGCGCAAGAACAACGAGGCGGCCAAGCGGUCCCGGGAGAAGCGGAGGAUCAACGAUCUGCUCAUGGAGGGCCAGCUGCUGGCUCUGAGCGAGGAGAACGCCCAGCUGCGGGCUCAGGUGCUCAACCUGCACUACCACACCAACCUGAGUUUGGACCAAGGCAAAGCUGCCUCUGCAUGUGCAGCAUCCCCUGCAUCCGUGCUGGCUUCCACCCUGUCUUUAGCCCCGCACACCCCUGCUUCCCUACAGGCGGGACUCUGGCGGCCCGCUGGGAGCAGCCCAGCUGCUGUCUCUGGCGUGAGGCAACAAGAAGCAGCGGCGCACCACUUUGAGGGCAGGAUUCCUCGUUUUAGCCCCGGGUUUAACCCACCGAGUCAUCAUUGCUUUGUCACGCAAGGCCCCGUCCUUCUGUCGGGGCCCCGGGUUCUCUCCCACGGGGGAGCUGCAGGGGCCUGUAAGCCAGCAGAGGCGGACACGGACCCCCAGCGACAGGUCUCCUCCAGCAACGAUGACGUCUCCAUACGCACCGACGCACCCCCACAGCCUCUCUCAGCCUUGCCAGUGUUUCUGCCCCCCUUUGAUCCCCUCCACCCUGCCUCCACCGUCCCAUACCCACACCAGAACUGGAUGGUACCCCAUCUGAACCACCCGGUCAUGUGGCGCUCCUCGUACCUGCAGAGACCCACUGUCUACCCCGUUAGCGUGCCAGGGAGGCAGGGCGUCGGCGUGGAGGAGCAUCUCCAGAGGGGAUUCAUGGGCCGCUUCAGCACGGAGCAAUGAGACACACCCAGGAUGCUGCAGUAAAGAUGGACACCUGCAGCCUAAUGAUACAAAACUGAUAUUUGCAGGGAGAAAA